AUGUCCAAAUUGAUCACUGUCUUUGGUGCCACCGGCAACCAGGGCGGCUCCGUCAUUGAGGCCAUCCUCGCCGAUUCUAAGCUCUCUAAGGAGUUCAAGAUUCGCGGUAUUACUCGCGAUACCACGAAGAAGUCCGCUCAGGAUCUCGCUAAGAAAGGUGUUGAGGUUGUCACGGCGAAUCUGGACUCUGUCGAUUCCCUGACUUCUGCCCUUGAGGGUUCCCACACUGUCUUCCUGGUCACUAACUACUGGGAGGCUAUGAAUGCCGAUAUCGAAUUCUCACAGGGCAAGAAUGUUGCAGAUGUUUCCAAGGCUCUCGGUGUUUCCCACCUUAUCUUCUCUUCGCUCCACAACGUGACAGAGAAGACCAACAAGGACGUCUAUCCCAUCAAGGCCAAUAUUGAGAAGUAUAUCCGGGGUUCUGGUGUUGGAUGCAGUUUUGUGCUCCCUGGAUACUAUAUGAGCAACUUCAUUCAGAUGCUUAAGCGUGCUGAGGAUGGAUCGUACCAGCUGUUCUAUCCUGUUGGUAACGAGGCUAAGUUUCCUCUCUUUGAUGCUGUCCAGGAUACUGGUCUUUUUGUGAAGGUUGCCCUGAAGCACGCAGACCAAUUAAAGAACAAACAGGUUUUAGCUGCUGCGGACUACUACACUCCUCAAGAGAUUGUGGACACAUUUUCCAAGGUUUCAGGCAAGAAGGCUGUCUUUAUCCAGAUUAGCUCUGAGCAAUACAAGGCAUCUUUGCCUACCGCUGUUGCUACCGAGUUCCUCGAGAAUCAGCUCUUUGUGGAGGACCCUGGCUACUAUCUGGGCGAGUCGCUUGAACCCACCCUGAAGCUUGUUGAUUCUAAGCCUACUACCUGGGAGGAAUUUGUUAAGAAGAAUGUUUCGGCCUGGCAAUAA